AUGUAUAAUUCUGAUACUGAAGAUGAAUCAGAUGCUGUGGACAAUUAUAUAAGUUUCGAUAAAAAGUCCUUUGAUACUGAAAGCGACGAUGAAAAGUCCUUUGAUACUGAAAGCGACAAUGAAAAAUCCGAAUCAGACCAGAAAGUUACGGUUUUAUUGGAUAAUGCGUCAUCUGUUCGUGAAGAAUUAAGAAAGAUUGAAGAAGAUGAAAGGAAUUUAUUGCAAAAGAUGACGCAAAGUGCUCAGGAAGAUAUAAAUAAAGGUCAUCAUGUUAAAAAUCAAAUUGCGCUUUGGGACGUAUUCUUAGACACACGUAUUCGUCUGCAGAGAGCGGUGGCUAUAUCAAAUACUUUUCCACAGCCUAACGUGUAUUCGCAGUUCAUUACACCUGAAACCAGGUUCUCUGUUCAAGAAACACGAACAGAACUAAGAGAGCUUAUUGACUCUCUUAUAGAUUUAAGAAAGAAUGAUAAUAUUGCUAUCACUGAAAAUGUAGCAAAUAAUCGAAAGCGACAUAUAGAAGACGAUAAUUACCUUGAGUAUCUAUGGAAAGACAUGCAAGAGAUUAAUGACUCAUUUUUGCCUUUUCGGGCCCAAACAAUUGAAAAGUGGAGUAAUAAAGUUCAAAUAGCACCUGGUAUACCACUUAAUAAAAAGUUUAAGGCCAUCAAUCAAGGUGUUAAUGAUCAAAUUGCACAUGUUUUAUGUGAUCGAGAACGAUUGAUUAAAAGGACACAGUUAAAGAGAAAUACAGACAAAAUUUUAGGAAAAGCAAAACCUGGCACGGGGACGUAUGAUGAACAUUUAACAAAUUAUGACUUAGAAAUAUUUGAUGAUACAGAUUUUUAUCAACAAUUGUUGCGUGAAUUGAUUGAAAGUCGUAUGAUAGAUAACGACGAUCCCGUCGCGUUAGGUUUACGUUGGGCAACAUUAAAACAGACUAAACAAAAGAAAAAGAAUGUAGAUACUAAAGCUAGUAAAGGAAGACGAGUAAGAUAUCAUGUUCAUGAGAAAUUGCAGAACUUUAUGGUCCCAAUUCCCUCUGGUACGUGGCAUGACGACAUGAUUGAUGAAUUGUAUUCGUCAUUGUUAGGUAAUAAGCAUGAAGAAUUGGAUACUGAUGAAAGUGAUGGAAAAGAGUCAAAUGAUCAUACCGUAGAGGCUGGGUUGGAUGG